GCAGGGUACGGCCGGGGUAUGAAAAUUCUGGAAAGCUGAUAGUGCGAGGAUCAGCGGCUGGAGGCCCCGCUUGUGGAGAGGAGCAGCCAGCGGGAACAGGGGGAGGGAAGGGAGAGGCUGCCGCCUUUUCAAAGAGUGGGAAAUGAAUCACAAAACUAAAAAGCGAAUAAAAGAAGCAAAGCGCAGUGCCCGCCCCGAGUUGAGGGACUCUUACGACUGGACAAAACACAACUACCACGAAACUUUCUCUCUGUCCUUAAGCACUGUCAAGGACAAUGUAGAAAGGAUAGAUGCUUUGGAGACGUCUGUCGAAGACUUUAUUGAGAAGUAUGAGAAACCAUAUAAGCCUGUGGUGCUGAUAAAUGCUGAGCGAGGGUGGGCAGCACAUGAAAAGUGGACACUGGAGCGAUUAAAGCGCAAGUACAGAAACCAGAAGUUUAAGUGUGGGGAGGACAACGAUGGUUACUCUGUUAAAAUGAAGAUGAAGUAUUAUGCUGACUAUAUGGAAACUACAAAAGAUGAUAGUCCUCUGUACAUUUUCGACAGUAGCUAUGGGGAGCAUCCUAAAAGAAGGAAACUGUUAGAAGAUUAUGAAGUGCCAAAAUAUUUUAAGGAUGAUUUAUUCCAGUUUGCAGGGGAAAAGCGAAGACCUCCAUACAGAUGGUUUGUCAUGGGCCCUCCGAGAUCUGGAACUGGUGUCCAUAUUGAUCCUUUAGGAACAAGUGCAUGGAAUGCUCUGGUUCAAGGUCACAAGCGUUGGUGUUUGUUCCCUACAAAUACACCUCGUGAACUUAUCAAACUGACAAGGGAAGAAGGUGGAAAUCAACAGGAUGAGGCCAUCACGUGGUUUGUCAUUGUCUAUCCUCGAACGCAGCAUCCAACCUGGCCCCAAGAGUUUAAACCUUUGGAGAUUCUUCAGAAACCUGGGGAGACUGUCUUUGUGCCAGGUGGAUGGUGGCAUGUAGUACUCAAUAUGGAUCAUACUAUUGCUGUUACUCAAAAUUUUGCCAGUGCAACCAACUUUCCUGUGGUAUGGCAUAAAACAGUUAGAGGACGUCCUAAACUAUCCAGAAAGUGGUACAGGAUCUUAAAGCAAGAACGGCCAGAACUUGCUGUAGCAGCAGAUUUGGUUGAUCUGCAGGAGUCCACUGGUAUCGCGUCAGAUAGCUCAAGCGAUUCUUCCAGUUCAUCCAGUUCCAGUUCCUCAGACUCUGACUCAGAGCAGAGGAAGGGAGAGAAAAGAACAGAAAGUAUGGACAAAGACAUGGAGAGAUUUCUGGGAAGGAUAGGACUAAGCACAGUGGAAAAUGUAAAUUGUGACUCUGGUGCUGAAGGAGAUGGAAUGACUCACCGAAGGAAGAAAAGGCGAACCUGCAAUAUGAUGGAAGAUGGUAAUUCUCAAUCUCGAGAUGACUGCGUGAGCAAAGAACGUAGCUCUUCCAGGUGACAAGAAACACUGGACGAGACCAACUGUGCAUCUUAAAUUAAAGAAUAAAACUCCAGUGAAAGAUUAAAAUAAUUCAGUUUUAGGAUUUUAAAUUCAUCAAUAUUUCAGUUUUCUGUUGUCAGUAGAUAUCUUUUGUUUACUUCUUGGUGAUUGUGAUUCCAAGCAUAUAGCCAUCUAAGAACAUGGAAUGUCAAAUGAUUUCUUCAGUGCAAUUAUCUGAUGUUGUAAAGAUAUUUUUGUAAACUCUUCCCAAAUUAACAGUAAUACUGAGCUUAAACAGUUGUCACGUCAGUGUUAGCUCAGAUUUAUUAGAUAAUUUUUAUUACUGUUGAUUAAUAUUUCUGUUCAAGUUUUGCUUGAACUAAAUAAAGUUGUACACUGAAUAAAUGGGAUUUUAUCCUGAAGCUCUCAAUUUAGAAAACAACAUUUUGCUUAUGACUGGAUUCAAAGAUUUUUUUUAAAUAGUUAUCUGGUUGGGUAUAACAUUAAAAUCCAACCAAACAAUGGCUAAAUUGAACCUGACUAGUCUUCCAACUUCAUCUAUAAUUGACUCAACCAUCAGCAUAAAAAUAACAUGCUAUUGAUCUGGUUGAGGAUGACACACCAAAUAUUGAUUGAGAACAUAUGCGAUAAUACUACAUAAAUAAUUCUGGCCUGGAUAAUGUACUGAGUCAUGCUGGCAGAACAUGAUCAGACUUGACCUAAACCCAACACAUGAUUGGUGCGGACUCUGGUUGGAUAUUGCACAGAAUUCUCAUAUUUAUUGCCACUGCCAUGAAUUCUGAUUUAAAAGUAAGUUUAUUCUUAGUCUACAUUUAUUAUUCCAGACAUAUGUAUUUACAUUUUGUUUUCCAGUUAAUAUACUGUAUCUAUAACCGGAAGAUCGAGAUGAUCACAAUAUAGAAUGGUUUGUUGCCAAAGAGAAUUUUUCUUUCACCCUUUAGAUUUCUUCAAUUAAAUGUUAAAUUGACUUUUGAAACUU